CAGAGUUAUCCAGAUACCCUUCCAGAAUGAUUGGAAGAGAAGGUACACAUGUCUGAUCCUUGGACCAGCAAGGUCUGUGACCUAUGCGGUAGCAUAUUCUCAUCCACAGAGAAUCUCAAAUGUCUGGUCUCCCAGAGCAGCGACCCAAAUCGCUUGCUGAUUCCACGUGAAAUUAGACAAUUCUCGCGAUCUGGAGAGAAUGGGUGUAAACUGUGCAAAAAGAUUUGGCAGGCGAUGCAGAAACUCGGAGCGGUUUCCCCGAUGGCAAAUUUCCAUUUCAAUCUAGCCUUCUGGGCCUUUGAGCCACGUUCGGCGAACGAAAGAUACAGACAUUUUUGGACGGGAAUCGAGCAGAUAUCCAAUUUUGCACAGGCUGGUGGAAGAAGUCUCGAAAUUGGACAUUUCGAAGUGUAUGCCUCAUCAGGUAUGAACAUAAUCCCACGAACAGGAUAUCUACAUACUAAUUAUACUUCAUGACUUAGACGAUCCUGCCUCGACUUUCAUUGAUGCAAUACCACCGGACUUUGAAGUUGGUUCAACACAAAGUUCUCGUGCAGCAAAUGAAUGGCUUCAAGAUUGUGUUGCGAAUCAUGAAAAGUGUCCAAGUUCGGCAAGUAGUCCUUUGCCAACACGAGUACUGGACGUCUGUCCCAAUUACGGGUUAGAAAAGCUUCGCCUCUAUGCAAGUAAUGGAGCUAAGGAUCAAUAUGCAGCCUUGAGCUAUUGCUGGGGUGGACCACAACCAAUAGUGACAACCCUCGCAUCCUUAGAAUCUCAUCAGAAGUCUCUCGUCUUCGAAGAAUUACCCAGGACAAUACGAGAUGCGAUCAUUGUAACAAGAGAAUUGGGCAUACGCUACCUCUGGAUCGACGCCCUUUGUAUAAUUCAAGAUUCGCUAGAGGAUAAAGGACGAGAGCUAGAUAAGAUGGGGGGGAUCUAUAAAAAUGCUUUUCUCACAAUAUCGGCUUCUAGCGCAGCCAGUUGCAAGGAUGGAUUCCUCCAAACCAGGAUCCCAGACCACCCUCCUGAGCGCUUCCUCUUGCCUUUCAGAUGCCCGGAUGAGACAAUGGGGUCUGUCAUCAUUCAAAGUGAGGUUGAUGAAGGAAUCCGCACGCUCCCUGCAAUAGACAAGCGAGGCUGGACGUUCCAAGAACGCUCACUCUCUCCACGACUUUUGAUAUAUGGUGAACAAGGCUUAUCCUUCGAAUGCCAAACUGAGGAGAAAACGAACGGAGGUCGUGCCGUUAAGUGGAAGCCCUGGGACGAUUGGAGGGCUAACAAUCCUAUAUUUACGAAACCAGAUACAUCAAACGAAGGCGAAAUCGAAAAGCUUCAACGGGCUUGGUGUUUCAUGGUUGAGAAUUAUGCAUCGCGCUCCCUCACCUUUCCAGAAGACAAACUCACCGCAAUAUCAGGUGUAGCUGGAGAAUUCAAGAGAUUCUUUAGGGGCGAUGAAUAUAUGGCGGGGCUAUGGAAAGGUUGGAUAUUGGAAGGCUUGGGGUGGUUUGUGAACACACUCGGAGAUGGAAGGAUCUAUCCUCGACCAAAAGAAUAUCGCGCACCUUCAUGGUCCUGGGCAAGUGUUGAUGGGAAUGUUAUCUAUGCCUUUAAAUACGACAUGGGACCCUCUAGUUUCGCAGAAGGUCUCAAGUUUGUAAGCUGCAAGGUUGAGCCCGCGCCGUUAAACAGAGUGAGUGGUGGAGAAUUGGUGCUGGAGGGAAGACUUCGGCCUGCACUUUGGGAUGUUAAAAGUCUUAAUUUGACGAAAAUAGAUGGCGAGAGCGCUGAUUGUUAUACUCCUUUGGAUGCGAUUGAGAAUGUGACUUGCGAUAAACCGUUGGAUGUUUGGUGCCUACAGGUUAGAAGGAAUCAGGGGAUGAUACUGCGGAAGAUUGAAGAGGGUGUGUAUCAACGGAAAGGGUGGUUCAGGACUAAAAAUGAUGGUAGUUGGUUUGAACACUGUGAGACGGUAAUUCUGAAGAUAUUAUGAGGAAGGUCAGGUUAGUAUUAUAACACUACGCGAGGAGGAAUCUUUCGAGAAAUAUGG